AUGUCGGACAUCUCUAUCUCAGACACUCAACAUGCUGGGAAGGACAAGAUACGAGUCCGUCUGAGAGAGAGAAGCUCGAGGUUAUUAUCGUUAUUGGGGUGGAGGCACGCGGCUUACGCUGCGAAAGUCACGGCUCCUGAGUCUGUUUUCCCAUCGAACCCAGAAUCCAGCCACUCGUUGCCUGCAGAAAGUGAACCUGCGUCUCGCCAUGUUCCUCCCGUGGCCCAUCAGACAUCCCAUGCCCAUCCUCCAGCCAUCGACAUUGACCGUUACAGCCUUGCGGCACCGUCGAAAUACCCGGGCGAUGGGCAGAUGCAAAGUCCACAGGAGUCGGAGGUUCAAUUUCCGCCCCAUCAAAUUGACGCCUCCGGGGGAAUGAGGCGGAGCCAGUCGACUCCAGAGGCGAUCACAAACAUCUUCUCGCGCAAGUUGUCCACCACCUUUGGCCAUCCAACGGUCAUCCGUCGUGCUCAUUUACGCUCGCGGCCAAGUAUCUGUGCGGUGCAUUUUCCCAUGGCUCCCAGCUCUCCGCUACCUGUGCAGCGUGGAAGUGACCCUGAUAGCUCCAAUCCCUCCACACCUCCCAGCAGCAACGCUUCUCCUCUAGGGACUCAGUCGACGCCUCCGUCGUCCGAAGAACCCCCAUUCUCGCCGGAGGAGUCCAAACAUGCUUCUGGUAGUGCAGUCAACAGCAGCCCGAGCUUGGAUCCGCCGGCCCAGGUCACCAGCAAUACAUCAACCUCCCUGUCAGGUUUACCCAGUGCUUCGACCUCCAUUGUCACAGUUGAAGCCACGACCAAUGCAAAGGUAUUCCUUGAAACCUAUUUCAGCACCGUCUAUUCAGGCCUCGACCCGCGCUUACAGCGUCGGCAUGAGCUAGAAGAGUACAUUGAUUCGUCAUCCCUCACACCGGAUGAGAAGGUCAAAGCGCGGAAGAAAUGGAUUAUCCAGGAACGAGAGUAUCUCCGCCAAUGUCGAGUGCUCAAAACCCGCUCGCGCAAGGCUGGGAACGAUAAGACCGUGUCCAUGGCCGGCUUCGAAGUCCUCAAGAUCCUGGGCAGAGGAAGCUUUGGGGUCGUGCGUCUGGUGAAGGAAAAGAAGGCAGACGAGCAGACCAGCAGCAGUAUCGAGGAGGAACUCGCACCUCCGACUCCUGAGGCCACCACCACGAGAGGUUCAGGCCGUCGACGAAUAAUGGCCGGGGUGAAGAAGGAUGUCUUCGCGAUGAAAGUUAUCCGGAAAUCAGCGAUGAUCCGCAAUUGUCAGGAGGGCCAUCUGCGAGCCGAGAGAGACUUUCUGGUUGCGUCUGCCCGAUCACGCUGGAUAGUGCCUUUGAUUGCAAGCUUCCAGGAUCACAGCCACCUAUACCUCAUCAUGGACUACAUGGUGGGCGGAGACUUCCUGAGUCUGCUGCUGCGACAAUGUAUCCUGCGCGAAGACAUCGCGCGAUGGUAUGUAGCAGAGAUGGUCCUCUGCGUCGAAGAGGCUCAUCGACUAAGAUGGAUCCAUCGAGACAUCAAGCCCGAUAACUUCCUGAUCUCAGCGUCUGGCCAUCUUAAAAUAUCCGACUUCGGUUUGGCCUUUGAUGGCCAUUGGGCUCACGACCAGAUGUACUACAAUGAUCAUCGGUACUCCCUGGCCCACAAACUGGGAAUUCGAAUCCAUGGAGACGCCCAAGACCAGAAAGAGGCACAGAAUAUAGAGCAACACACCCAGAGGAUCCAAGAGGGCCCGCAAGAGGACGUGCAAGCCAUGCCCUCGACGGGCCUCUUGGGAUGGCGAGACCAACACCAAUUGCGACGGUUGGCCAGGAGCGUCGUUGGCACCAGUCAAUACAUGGCCCCUGAAGUCAUUCGUGGACAGGCAUACGACGGCCGCUGCGACUGGUGGAGUGUGGGAAUCAUCCUCUACGAGUGCUUAUAUGGGUUCACACCCUUCGCCUCGAAUGAUCGCCAGAAAACCAAAGUGAAAAUCCAUGUGAGUCUUCCCAGGCAGUUCCUGGCUCACCAUCAAGCUCAUGAAGAACAGCAUCAUCUGCAGACUUUGCGAUUCCCGAUGCAUCGGCCUUCCGACAAGCUCAUCUCCAGCGAAGCGGUCAAUCUGAUCAAUUCUUUGCUCCAAGAGAAGGAGCUUCGUUUGUCUUGCGCUGCGUAUCGACACAAUGAUCCGCCGAAUCCACGAUCGCCUCCGGGGUACUUCUUCUACCAUUUUAGUGCCUUCCAUCAGAGCCACCAAGGGUUCUACGUAUACCCUAACGAUGCCGCUGACAUUAAGGCUCAUCCCUUCUUCCGAGGGAUUAACUGGGAUGUCAUUCACCGGUCAGUCCCUCCGUUUAUCCCCCGAGUCAAAGGCUGGGAGGACACGCGAUAUUUCGACGACUGGGGCAACACGCAGGAGAAUGAUAACAACUCGCUUUCGGACGAUGGGGCCGAGGCGGAGGAGCAUCAGCUACCCGUUCAGGAGAACGAUGAUCUUCCGCAGAAUCACGAUGAGAGGCCCAUCCCGGACGAAGCAAAUCCCCCUGAAGCAGCCGCAAAAUCACCGACCCGAGACCGCAAGGGAGUGGGCGAGAAGAACCGGCCCCGGGACAAACUCUUGCGGGACAAGCGAGUCGGAAAGGCCGCUCUGGAAAUACGCAAGCAGGGGGCAUUCUUGGGCUACACAUACCGUCGACCCAAGGCCGUGGCGAUGGCCUUCGCGCCGGACCGAGACCAAUCUGGAGGUGAUUAG